CGUCGACCCACCCGCCGCCGUCGACCCACCCGACGCUCUGGCCCCAUCGUCCGGCUACCCGCCGCCGGGCACGCCACUGAUGGCGUCCGCGCUCAACCAGGUUGCAGGGGCUUCUUCGUCUCUCUCCAACCGCUCCUCAGGCGUCCGCCCUCUGAGUUCUGAUAUCUCCACGGUCGUUUCAACUCUGUCGCUGUCGGAGGAGGCGUCGUUGUCCACCCGCCCGCCGCCGGGCACGCUGUUCACGCCGUCCAGGCUCAACACCCGCUCUGGAUUUUCAUCGGCAAGCCGCUCGGUGUGGAGCUUAUACCUGGUUGCCAAGGUAAAAGAGACGAUGAGUUGGGCUGUAUCAGGCUUGUUCCUGUAUGGGAACGGGGACACUAUCGUCCUGAACUGCAGAUGGUUCCAGUUUCGCUGGACCUGGAUCUCACACAUGCAGCUCUCUUACUUUUGCAAACAAAUUAUUCUGAAAGAAUUGAGCUCAAGGUAUCAGAUGGAAAAAAUGCACCAGGAUGUGCUGUGAGAUUAUCUCUGGAUCAUAUGAAAGAAGAAGGGACUAUCACUUUGUACACACUAGAUACUAGAGAGUGGGAGAUGCUUACUCUGUAUAGAAUGGAGCUUGUUUCUAAUCAUGACCUUGAAAGAAUUAGGGUUCAUACUGGAAAAGACAGUGUCAAGUCCUCAUCUAUCGAAAGCUUUGCUGGAAAUGGGAUGACAUUUGAAAGCUACAACGCAAGCAGUAACCUGCAGAACGAGCUAUGGCAUUUUGUGAGGCAACUUUCACCACGUGAUAUCAUAGCGGACUCAGGAGGCAAAACUGUGUACAAGUGCACUCACGCUGGUACAAGGUAUGCCUUGAAGAAGAGCAAGAAUGAUAAUCCGGUUGAUGAACCAACACAAGAGGUAUGUAAUCUAGUUAGGAUGAGGAAGCGGAAGAACAAUCUACAAUUCUUUGCAGCAUGGAUUGAGUUUAAGCAGGCUGAGAGCAGAUACCGUAAGGACAUUCAUUCAGUGUGUAUUCUAACUGAGUUGCUUUCAAGAUCCCUGGACGAUAUCCUAGAGUCUGAAAAUAUGACAGACAGAACGAGAGCAAACUUCAUAUUCAAGCAGAUAGUCCUUGGGGUGGAUGAAAUUCAUAAGGAAGGUUUUAUACACAGAGAUCUAAAACCAGCCAACAUAGCAAUUAAUGAUGACAGCUUGGAGAUAUCAAUUAUUGAUUUCGAAACUGCGUGUAAGAAGCCAAUGGAGGGAGAACUAGUCUUCGACGCUGAACCUGUGGGCACUGAAGGCUAUUGUGACCCUGUUCUGACCAUGAACAUUCUUGUUGGCUACAAUGAGCUUGUGGAUAUAUUUAGCUUAGGAAUCAUUUAUUUUCUUUUGGGUAUCAAGGAUGCAUCGAAAAGGAGGAAGUCUCACAAACAAUUGCUUAAAAGCCUUCGAUACAGUCACAUGGGGAAAAACCCCACCAGUGCCUUAGCCAAUCGUGAGCUCUUUGCUCAGUGGCCUGGGAAUGUGGCCUUGCUGCUAGAAAUGCUGCGUUCAGAUUUCAAGAACAGACCUACAGCACAAGAUAUUCUGUCCAUACUAGCAGAGACCAAUGAAAACGCAGAGACAACAGAUAAUCUUUGAUUACAGGGAAAUGUACAGCAACAAACGAUGACAGCACUCUGAUUUCAGACCACUUCCUGCGUACAAGGUUCUGGUUCCAAGAUAGCAAAUGACAUAGUAUCUCUGUAUACUAUAUACAUGUUCUCAUGGUCGGAACAAGACAUACAGCUUGAGUGAUCAUCUUUCCGAUGAUUCCAUUUUUUCAUGUAUGGAGUUCUUACUCCUAGGAUAACCAGCUACGGACUCAGAAACUUUGCCACACCUACAUACAUGCAUACCAUCUUCUAUUAUAUGGUAUAUGUACUUGAUGCAUAACAUCUUAUAUACUAUAUGACAUACUAGACGCGGUGUCCUUAUCCUUCAUCA